AUGCCGUCUACUGGUGCAAUUUCGCUUGCUGAGAUCAUGAGCCACCACCGUGAUCUCUUGGUUCAUCCAAUAUGCUGGACUUCUCGACAUCUGGAGAUGCUGGGAUGCCGGUUUGAACAUAUUGACCACGCGCCUACAUACGACAUCGAGCCUGAGGCAAAUACAUGCCAACCUGUCGAUAAUGGAAAAGUGCUUGAAGAACAGGCGGAGACAAAUCUAUUUCACGAGGAAGGAUUUGCAGAAGGUUCAUUUUCGUUGUGCCCGGAUCUCGACUUCGGAUGCCUCCGUGUACUAUCGCUCUCGUAA